AUGGCUAAACUGUUCAACAUCACUUCAUCACCAGGAAAAGGAAAUGUGCAGUCACUGCUUGAAGUAGCAAAGAAUUUCCUACUGAAUGAUCAAAUCAUCGCCAUUCCCACCGACACCAUUUAUGGUCUGGCCGUCAACGCCAAUAGUCAACGAGCUAUUCAGCGAUUGUACAGUGUCAAAGAACGAAACUUCAACAAGGCGUUUGCAAUUUGCGUCGCCGAGGUAGAGGAUAUCUCCAGGUAUAGUGAGGUGACCGUUCCUGAUACUCUUCUUCAUGAGCUGUUGCCGGGCGCAGUUACGGUAAUGUUCAAGAGAGGCCGACUUCUCAAUGCGUGCCUCAAUCCUGACCACAACCUCGUGGGCAUUCGUGUUCCAGACUAUCCGUUUAUCCAAAAUUUAUGCGCUCUGCUUAAAGGACCAAUAGCCCUGACGAGCGCAAAUCUAAGCACGAAAAACAGCUGCCUAAACGUGGAAGAGUUUAAGGUGCUCUGGCCUUCGCUAGGUGCCGUCUUCAACGGCGGCGAACUUGGCGAGAUCGAUCCCGAUCGAUUAGGCUCCACCAUAAUUGAUCUCUCAACGGAAGGCCAUUUUCGCAUUGUUCGAAGUGGCUGCGCUCUCGAGAAGACAUUAACCGUUUUGGAGAAGUACGGUCUGAAGAGUUUAGCUGAAGUUGUGUUAUAG